AAAACUAUUUUGCGACGGACUGGGGAACUGAAGUUGUUUUUGCAUGCAUUUCUUUUAAAAUAACGGCGCAACAUUAAUUGAUACAGUGCAAAUGAACACAUACGAAGCCUCGUCUUCUUUAUCUCCGCCCAAAGAUGCAGUGGCUCACAAGGGGCAAUUCUAUGGCGUUUACUUGCUGUGCAGCCAGAGUCCAGAUUUGCGUUAUCGUGGCAAAUGCUAUGUCGGCUUUACAGUCAAUCCUAAUCGCCGUAUUAAACAACAUAAUCGCGGUCGAGAUUUUGGUGGCGCUAAAAAAACAAGCAACAAAGGACCUUGGGAAAUGGUGAUGAUUGUGCAUGGCUUUCCAAAUAACAUCGCGGCCUUGCAAUUUGAAUGGGCCUGGCAACAGCCCACAUUAUCAACACGUCUUAAGACAUUUAACGAAUUAAAACGGAAGCGCCCGAGGGAAUCGCACUUUGAUUACAAUUUUCGCAUAGUUAGUUGCAUGUUAUGCAUUGGUCCUUGGCAUCGACUACCUUUGACUAUUCGGUGGCUUGAGGUAGGCUAUGAGCGUGAUUUUUUGGAGCCACUGCCCAAACAAAUGCAGGUUGUUAGUGGCAAAGUGGCUAUUACAGCAUCACAACGAAAACUCAAGAGUUUGGAGCAACCGGCUACCCAAUUGUGGACACCCGAGUGUCAUCUUUGUAUGCAAAGGAUUGUGCAACCAGAACGAUCGCGGAUUGGUUGCCUUAAUGCCACUUGUUGCUUAACUUGCCACAUUAUAUGCUUGGCCAACUACAUGUUGGGCGAUGAAAAGGGUCAUUAUAUACCAGUUACAGGCGUAUGUCCAUUGUGUGAGACGACAUUUACUUGGGCAGCACUGUUGCAAAGGAAACGCACUUUGCAAAAAGGAGGAGGAUGCGAGGAGGAGGCGUAUGGUGAUGAGCUAAGCGAUAUGGAAGAACCACCCGAUGUGAACAGCGAUAUUGAGGAGGUGCCACAGCAAAAUGAGAAAAUUUACGAAUUAAGUGAUUAAGUAAAAUGUAAUAUUAAUAAUAAGAAUUAAAAUAUUUAAUUAACCUGAA